AGCAAUGUCUCUGGUCAGCUUAUUUGUUUCAUUCAGCCAUUCUCGUACUCUAAAAGUUUGCAAUUGUUCUGUUUGUUUUCAUUUGAACAAGAAACAACAGAGACUAUGGCGACCACUUCCUUAUAAGAAAUAUGCCUUGGUAUUGGCAACUUUACAGAAUGGUGAGCCAAACACGGAGACUUCAACAGUCAAGCAACCACAAAGUGACCCAGAAAACGGACACGACAGAAAGAAAACAGCGGAUUCACUUUCUUCCACAGUUGGUGCGGAAGGAGUCUUUCAGGUCAUUCUUUCCAUCCUCUUUCUUUAUGGUUCCCUGUUAAAGAGAUUGUUUCAUAUCAAAACGAAGGACCCUAUUCAAGAAAGAGUUUGUAACUUUCCCGUUUUUCGAGAACUUGAAAACUCUGUUCCUUACUUUGCCACGCUGCCAGGUGAGUGUCGUGAAGUUCUGUAUGAUUUAUGGCAGUCCUUGCGAGAGCUCGCUAGCGAGAAAUCUAUGGAGACAUAUGAAGACACCCAUCCCACUUGGAGAAAAGUUGAACAGAGCGUCGAAGAAAUUUCUAAGCAACUUGGCAGAUACCAUCAUCAAAUAGAGUAUCUCAAGUCAAUGUUAAGUCAUAUCGACGAGAUCACAGCCAACAUUUCGGAACCUGUUAAGUAUUUACGUGAGUUUGAGCAAGAAUGGAAUCCAUCGUGGUCUCAUAGAACGGACAUCUUGUCUAGCUAUCAAAAGUCUACAGAUUCAGUAUCAGUCGUCGCAGAGAACCGUCUCACAAGUGAUGACCAGUAUGCUCCAUUAGAUUGCAAUGGCGAAGAUACUGUACAGAAAGUUCGAAAUUUCGCCAACCAAGUCAUUGAUUUGAGUUAUUUCUUACAAGAAACUUUUACAAAAGAAAAAUUUAGUCUGCAGAACGUCCACAACGACGUUGUUAGUUCAGUUUCAACAAAAUUAGCCUACAAAGAUUCUUUUCCGUCUGGUGAAGAAGUAUUCACUACUCGCGAGUUUUUAGAACUUUCAUCUUUCAUAUUACCAAAAGCUGUCCUGGAGGAAAUACGGAGCGCGAUCUCUCAAGUGCCUGAAAAGGAAGGAUGGAAACAGAUCAGAUCGUUUUUGACUCAAUUGACUCGACAAGAUUUAUCCGCUGAUCCAAGUACUAUCGAAGCGAAGGAUCCAAAGUAUCAUAUGCAAGUGGCCGCAACAAAUUAUCACCAGUUGUCAAAAGAUGAACUUGUUCAAAAGGUGAAACUCAGGGAUUCUCAAAUUGCAGCGUUAGAGGAACGAAUCAGUCAAGUGACAAAGGUAAAGAAGAAAUCCCCACGAAAAUCACCGAAGACCAAAACUCCUGUAAAUUCUAAGAAAAGGACUUCAACAAGUGAGGACUCUGUAAACAGGUCAAAACAGUCUUUAACUGAGUAGGCACUUUAUUUACAGGAAUAAAGAUAGGUUCCCUCCUUAUACAGUUGUGGUGAUU